AUGGACUUUUCCUUUGGACAUUUCUCUAAGGCAAGGAUCCUUAAGCUAUCAGAAGACUUGGGUUUUGUUGGAACGAAACUUGUCCGAUCAGAAUGCCCCGCGGCCUUAGCAGAACGUCCCGCGGCCCUUGCUGAUUGUCCCGCCAAUGUGACUGUCCUUACCGCCUUGGGCUUAGCCGGUUCAGAUGCAUCUGGAUGGAAGCCGAUCAGUCAAGAAGUAAAGAGGAGCACAACGAGCAAUCUGAGGCUGGUUAUGGAGUGGUUACGAAAUCAGAAGCUAUUUGCCAAGUUCAGCAAGUGCUCGUUUUGGAAGAGAGAGAUAGGAUUUCUGGGUCACAUAGUAUCAGGAGAGGGCGUGGCUGCUGAUCCUGAAAAGGUCCAAGCCAUACGAGAAUGGCCUCGACCUACCAUUUUGAUAGAAGUGAGGAGUUUUCUCGGACUUGCGGACUAUUAUCGGAAGUUUGUUAAGGACUUUUCCUCCAUUGCAAAGCCUUUAACUAAACUUACCAGUAAAGGAGUUCCUUUCUUACGGGUGGCAGAAACCGAGAAGGCAUUCAAGAAGUUGAAGGAAGCUCUCACGACCGCACCUGUGUUAGCUUUGCCCGAGCAAGGUAAACCUUACAUGGUUUACACGGAUGCUUCACGAGUUGGGUUAGGUUGUGUUCUUAUGCAAGGUGGGCGAGUCAUUGCAUAUGCUUCUCGACAACUAAGGAAGCAUGAGGAUAACUAG